AUGUCGGGAGGACACCAACGUGGAGAAGUUCGUCGUUUCCGCGCCCGUGGCGGCGGCCAUCGACAUAGAGCUCAAGGAGUUCCCAACGGCGAUGACGCCGAAGCUGAUGGAGACGAAGAUGAUUGGUGGCAAGGGAACGAUGGACUCCAAGAAGAACCAGCAGGUUUGGAAGAGCCGCAGACUGGUGAUGCGACGAGGAACAGCUACUUCACAACGAACGAUGCUGCCUCAUCGACAUCGCCUGGACUGAGUGGUGAUCAGGCCGUGACGGCCAACAAUGCAGCGCAAGGGCAUCUCGAAGCGACUGGCCCGACAACAAUGUCCGCUGCAGCACCGAGCUUUCCAGACCCUGCUGCCAAUCAUAUGAGCCCAAUGCAGAAUGCUUGGACAAGCUAUGGAGCUAUGCCUUGGGAGGUACCGACAACUGGAUGCCCGGGACAAGGUCUACAAGGUGCUCUACCACAUCCUUAUGCAGCUCCACUUCAUGGAGGACUAUACCUCAACAUGGUGGACUACCACUUCAAGCUGGUGGCAUGCCGAGCGCCUUUGGAGCUCACUACGGGGUGCCUUGUGGAGCGCCGGCAUUCUACGGAAUGGGAAUGCCUGGAUGCCUUGGUUGUGGCGCACCGCAAUUGCAUCCUGGGACUAUGUCCCCAACAAGCACCAUCUCAUGCAGUACCUCAACACGGUCCUUCUGCAGUACCUGUACAAGAACCUGGCAAUGCUGGUGGCUCGCAAUCCCAGAGCAACUCUCCGAAGGCUCAUGGAGUUCAAGCUGAACCAGAUGACCCCUGGAGCCGGUACAAGUCUCAACAAGAACCUCAAGGACGACCGGCGGCUGUGGAGACGGCGCAGCAAUUCAGUGCAGCCUUGCGAGAAGAGAGGCCUGGUUUUGCGGCCAAGUCGGUGAGCUCAGCCUUUGAGGCCAUGGGGAAGGCUGUGCCGACUACUCCAGCUGCUCCAUCGACCGUCACCAAUGAGCUGUUGCUGAGCAAGUUGGUCGAGGCAGUCAGUGGAGAGAGGAAGACAGCGAUCCCUUCCUGGGAUGGAUCUCCUGGUGGCCUACGUUCUUGGCUGAAGGCACUUUCCUUCUGGGAGUCCGACAACGGCACCAACAAAGCCAAGUGGGGCAUCAAGCUAUAUCAAAAUCUAUCAGGAGAAGCCAAGAAGAUCGCCGACACCAUCUCCCCGGACGUGCUCCUCACCGAGAAGGGCUAUGGAGCUGUCUUGACAGCCUUGUUGACCAAGUACGAGCCCUACCUCGAAGCAGCUGGUCCGGUGUCAGUGGAUACAUUUUUGUAUUCAGGCAAACGCCAGUCGAAGACGUUUACGUCCUUUCUGGCGAGGAAAGAGGUGCAGAAGCAGGAGAUGGAGACGCAGUUGGGUGCCCAUCUACAUCCACUCAUUGCAGGGCGGAUCCUCCUGAAGCAGGCAAGUCUUUCAGAACAUCAACGACAAGUUCUUGCCUUGAAGACCAACGUCCUCAUGGAGUACGACGAGGUGGUCCGUACUCUUCGGCCUUUGGAUCGGUUGGAUACCCUGGCUCGCGCUGGAGCGAUUUCUGGAGCGGGUGGCACCAACCGCACCUACCUACAAGCUGGAGAAGAUGAAGCCGAAGGUGGCGACUAUGAGGAGGACUUCGAGGAGGAGACAGAGGCUUCGAACUCCGAGGAGGACGAAGACUUCCUGCAGUUCGAGGACAAGGAGUACGAUGAAGCCGAAGCCAUCUACGUCCAAGCAUACAACGAUGUGAGAAAGGAUCUCCGUUCCAGGAGAAAGGAAAGAGGCUUCGUGAAACAUGGUCGAAAGGCCAAUGGUGGAAGCCCACGAAAAGGGCGUGGCAAGGGCCGCAAAGGCGAUCGCAAAAGAUCCCCGACGAAGCAGAAGAAGGAUGAGUUCAUCCGUGGCACCGAAGGUGAACUUCUGGCUCGAACGAGAUGUUUCUCAUGCCAGGAGCUGGGCCACGUCAGUCGGAACUGCCCUAACAAGGCAGCUGCUUCGUCGCCGAGCCCAAAGAAGACGUUCGUGGCGGUGACCCCUUCAGGCCAAAGCACAACCACCAGCUAUGCAAUGUUUCGACAAGACAUGGGAGUGAACUACCCACCCAAGCUGGAGACUUUGGUUAGAGCCACCUAUGCCGGAGUGACUGUGAGAGGUUUUGAAGCUGUUUUGGAUACCGCAGCUGAGCAGUGUCUGAUUGGUAGCACUGCUAUGCACAACUUGAAGGAGGAGCUGAAGCUCUUGAAGCUGCGACCCAUUCCAGUUCGACAACAAGCUACUCCGUGUGCAGGCAUCGGUGGACGAGCCCAGCUGGCAGGCGUUGUGGAUGUGCCUACAUGUGUGGCUGGCCUUUUGGGCGUUGUCAGGUUCACCAUCAUCGAGGACAGCGCCACCUUUGUCACCCCGCCACUUUUGGGAGUGUCCUAUCUGGAAGCUGUGGGUGCUGUCAUCGACUUGCAGUCUGACACCUACAACACCCCUGAUGGACAUUCCACCGCAAUGAGGCGUCUUCCUUCUGGACAUCGAGCAGUACAUCUUUUGGAUUUUGGCGUGACGCCCUGGAAGCUUCCACAACAACAUCAAGUCAAUGGACACGACCCCUUUCGAAUUCCAGUUCCACGUUCCUCGCACUACUUUUCGGGGGGCAAUGGAGACGCUGGGUUUGGCGACACCAUGGUUUCCUGUGAAGCUGACGCUGGGUGGCCGAUGGAUGAGGCGUUUUUCGCGGCCUAUGUGGAGUCGAAGGUUUUGCCUCUGGACACCACUGCAACCCCUGCAACCUCAGCUGGUGUCACCAACCGUGAAGAGCGAUCUCGCUCUCCCAGCAGAGCCCAUGCUUCGGAACGAAGUGCAACGGUGGCCUACACCGAAGGAACGACGGAGACGUCUGAGAGAAGGGCGGAAAGAGAGCCAAUGGAAGAGCCAUCACAAGCAGCUACUUCGGAUGGUGGCGAUCUACCUCCUGAAGAUCCACAUCAAGCUGGUCUACAUCAUGAAGAAGGUCUACAAGCAGAACCGUCUGGUGGAGAAGAACUUCUUGCAGAAGAGCCUCAACCCGACGAUCAACCAGCUCUUGAAGGAGAUGGACAUCCUCUGGAUCGAUCGAGAUUGCCGACCAUCUUGCCUGUGAUCCGGGAGAACGCAGAAUCAGAAGUUCGUGGUGAAGGAGACGGCACUGAUUCCCCGGUCACGGAUCCUUCAAUCUCCCCGAGUCAGACUACGGAUGACUUGACAGUCACAUCUUACCUUGGCCAGAACUUGGACCCCAACAAGGUGAUUGACGUCUUUGUGGAGAUGAAGGACAGCAGCAAGCUGCACCUGGCUCGCUAUGAAGGAUGGCGCUUCAAGCUCUUCGACCCCUUCGACAUCCCUCAAGCUCGACGACUACAACUGACAGACCGAAGGCAGGUUGUGGCGAGGUUCCCACAUGAGGAGACGAGGGUGCUGAUUGACAAGUGGCCUGUGAACAUCAACCGCUUCUUGGAGCACCCUUGGCAUGGAACCGUGACCUCUUUCGAGUCUCGUGGACCUCCACAGCCAUUCAAUGCCUUUGGGAUCGUGCCGAAAAGAGGAUCUCGACCUCCACCCCGAGAUCCACAACCACCUCAAGAUCCACCUCCUGGUUGGUCUGGCCCAUCAUCUUCGAGCACUGGAGACACCAGCCUUGGACCUACGGCUGCUGACUUUCGCCAGAGAUCUGGCGGAUCUUCUGAAGCUGUGCAAGCAAAAGUUAUGCGGCAGCCGGCUGAGUUCUCGCUCGAUUGCACCGAUGAUGAUGGACGAUGGAAUGAGAUCAUUGAGAUGAAGAAGACCAGCGCAGCGGCCAGCAGCCUUCAAGCCUCGGUCUAUGCCAUGGUGGCCCAGGAGGACAAGGAGGACGAGCCCAAGAAGAAGAUGGGAAGCCGCAAGUGCUGUGCGGCAUGGUCGCGCGUCGUGAUGGCGCUGCUGCUGCUCCUGCAGACCACGCGACAGCAGAUGGUCUUGGACUACUUGCAGAAGAAGGGAGCCGAGCAGGACGACCUGGAGCCCGAGAACGUUGGGGAAAAGAAGAAGAAGAAGUCGACCCUGGCGAAGCCCAAGGUGACGAAGACGGAAUGGAUUCCGCAGGGAAUCGGACAGCCCCUGAGGCGCUCCACAACUCAGAAGUACUGGGACAAGGAACCAGAGGAUUGCAACCACCCGGCCGAGUUUCUACGUUGCCGUGCAAAUCGAGGCCAACGGUGGUGGACAUGCCUGACAUGCGGAUCUCGAUGGGAACGACUGGAAGGAGAUCCGACGGCGUCGUCUACGACAACACUGGUUCCAGAGACACCGGAGUCCGAGAAGCUCAUGACCAAGACCGGUGCCUACCCACAGUACCUGCCAGCUCCCAAGUCCAAGCCAGAGCAGGGAGCAGUGAAGUUGAAGGUGGACCGCAUGGGGAUGAUCUCAACCGCCUCUGGGGUAGCUGGAUUCAGUCAAGGAACGAGUGGUGGAAGGACUUCGAGCUUAUCAGAUGCCGAAAAGGAUCCCAACCUUCCACCUGGAUCCCGAGAACCGCGAUGCUCAGGAGCUGGUGGUGGUAGCACCAUCCGAGGAGGUCUACAUGGUCGGGAGCGACGACGAGCAGACGGUUCAGGCCUCCAGCGCUCUGGACGCAUCCUAGCGGACAAGUCUCAGCUGGGUGGACGCAACGGCAAGGCAUUGGCUUCUUUGGUGGCCUCACGUUUCUCCAAGUUCAUGGUCUUUUUGUGCAUGAACUGCUGCCUGCCUCCGUCCGCCGUGUCAGCUUUUGGAACCCCUGAUCUCGUGGCGAUGCACCACGGGAAUGAAUUCAAGAUUCAGCAUGGUUUCACUGAGCCUGAGUUCGACCAGCAGGCUGAAGAUUUUGUCGGCUGUUACAUUUACGGCCAGAUGAGUCGACAUUUUGUCAACUCGAGUGCAGAUGGCUUUGGAAAGGUUCGAUCUUUGAGCAAGGAGAAUCAGAAGUGGCUCACCAAGAACUUGAAGAGCCAGCCUACGAUUGUGGAAGUCUAUUCUCCUCCCAGAGUCACCGAGAAGGCGAAGCAGUAUGGUUUUACUCCAGGCGGAGCUCUGGAUUUGACAACUGGCUGGGACUUCCGGAAGAAGUCACAUCAACAAGCUGCUCUUCGCCUCAUCCGAGAUCUACAACCAGUGUUGGUGAUUUUGUCUCCUCCCUGCACAACCUUCUCUCCAUUGAGAUUCCUGAGCAAUCACAAGAGGAAUCCAGAAGUUGUUGCAGAAGAAGAAGAUGAAGGAUACCACGCUAAGCAUCAACCGCUGCUUUCCGGCGAGGCCAAGCAUGCAGCGAAGUACACCCCGGCCUUCGUCGAUGCAAUCCUUCGAGGACUACGACGGCAUGUACAAGCUUGGGUGAAAUCCAACAAUCCUGCAGCCGACUAUUGGGAGAUCACAGACAACAUGGUCACCCGGCAUCAUCGAGUUCCUCGACGAGCGCUCUUUGUGCCCACUGGUGUUGCAGGGACUACAUCCUUUCCUGUCCAAGAGUCAAUUUUACUUCCCAAUGACUGGAAGGCCGUGGCCAACUACAUCGUCCAAGCUGCAGCUCAUCCAAUUCAUCACUACAUCACUGAGGAGACCGCCGUGCAGGUGGAAUGGAGUGCGUUUCCAUCCCACAAAACUUUGGGAGGCGCGCCAUCGUCUUCAGCAGUUGGCACGUCGGGCCCCUCUACGUUCAAUCGUUUUUCUGGCCAAGAGGACGAGGACGUCGAUGCCGAGAUGAUGGGUGAGGACUUGGACAUCCCGGCCAAUCCAGAAGAACCAGAAGAAACCUCUGAGACAAAGGUGAAACAUGCCUUACGACCUCUACAACUCUCCAAGCCGGCCACUGACAACGUCCUACACCCUGAGGUGAGACGGGAGUUGUUCAAGAUCCACCGCAACUUGGGACAUCCUUCACUGCAACUCUUUGUGAGAGCCCUCAAGCAUGCUGGAGUCAAGCCCGAGAUCCUGCAGUGGGUCAAAGAUCACUUCCAUUGUCCUUUGUGCGAACGGCGGCAACGUCCUUCACUACAUCGACCUGGCCGUCUACACAAGGCAAUGGGCUUCAAUGAAGUGGUUGGAGUGGACCUGAUGCAGAUCAAUGUGGAGGGCAUCGGCGAGUACCUGCUCUUGAACUGCCUGUGCUGGGGCACGGACAUGCAGAUUGUCGAGCCGAUCGCCGACAAGCAGGCCGAUACGGUCUACCGAGCCUUUGCAAAGGAGUGGAUGGCUCACUAUGGACCACCAGCAUUGGUGGUGGCAGAUCAGGGCCGAGAGUUCGUUGGCAAUGGCUUCACCGACCCACUUGGUCAUCUUGGAGUACCAGUUCACUUUAUCAACGAGGUGAAGGCAGCAAUCUCUGAGGUCACUGUAGCUCACAACCGCUACUACAACCGCUCUGGAUUCACCCCAUAUCAAAGGGCAUUUGGAACCUUGCCUCGGAUGCCGGCCUCACUACUUUCGGACGACGCCAUCGACAAGCACCUUAUCCUGGAUGCCGCUGGUGAUCCAAUGAAGCGUGCAUGGAAAAUUCGGGAGGAGGCAACCAAAGCCUGGCUGCGGUGGCAAGAUGAUGAGUCCGUGAGGAGGGCAGUUUCUACCCGGACACGGACGGCCGACAACAAGUCCUUUGACGUUGGGGAGCUCGUCUACAUUUGGAGGAGUGUCCCAGGCUACAAAGGUUGGACUGGUCCUGGAACUAUCGUUGCCCAGAAGGAUGACACCGUGUGGGUGAGCAUGCGUGGCUACUUGAUCAAGGCCUCCAAAGGCCAGACUCGCAAGGCCACCUCUGAGGAAAGUCUUGGAGCAGAAGUGGUUCGACAUCUCUCUGCUCAGAUGUUAGAUUUGGAAUCCAAUGCGGUGAAGUUUUACCGAGAUGUUGAAGGGGAAGGAGCACCAGAAGGCAUCGGGAAUGGCGAGGACGACGGAUACUCACCUUCACACCAGAGGAGGAAGAGCCGUUUUCUGGUGGAGGUUCAACAGCCCAUGGAUGGCGUGAUCAUGGACAACCAGUCCGAACGGAGCACGGUUGAACCUGCAGUGACUCCAACCCUCACUGAGGACACCUCCCAAGCUCGCAGCAGAAGCACCAGUCAAACCCUUCCAGACCGACGACUGAGUGGUGUGCGAGUUGACGAAGGUUCUGGUGGUACUUUGGGGUUUGGCCCGAUUCGAGAUGGACCUCCAGUGGCAACACCGGCAAUGCCCUAUCCGAGUCCACCUCAAGGACUUCCUUCGUGGCCAAGACCUACACACAGCCUCUACUUCGAAGUGUCUUCAGAUCCUGCAGCCGCUACACCAAGGUGGACUUUGGAUCGCCCAACGGGAAAGUACACUAUGAAUCCACCUACAACUUCCAAAUUCAACAUCAGUGAAGCAGGAGCCGUCUACAACUACAGCGACAAGUGCAUGUACCUGACCAAGACCAAGGCAAAGACAUCGCCUGGGCAGGUGGAGUUCAGGAAGCUGUCGGAGAAACACAAGAACAUCUUCCGACAAGCCAGAGCCAAGGAAGUCAAAUCCCUGUUGGACUCUGGAGCCAUUAAGAUCCUGUCCUUGGCGGAGUCGAAGCAGUUUCUUCGAGAACAUCCCAACCACGUGCUGACCUCGUGCUACGUGGACCGCUGGAAGCCUACAGAUGCUUUUGGAGUUCUACCUGAAGAAUAUGGUCAUGAAGGUUUCCAGCCAGAGAGGCCAACGACGAGAGUGCAGAAGCUGGCGUGCCGUAUGCCCACGGACGAACAGUUUCAGGGCUACCACAUGGACCAGCUCAUCCUGCUCCUCACGGAGGUCUAUGGCUUGGUGUCAGGCCCAGCUUGGUGGAGAAGGUCUUUGUUGGAAAUCCUUGUCAAGGAGCUGGGUUACCGGGUCAACGUCUACGACCGGUGUGUUCUCACCUUGGAUGGCGACUUGGACCCUAAAAACCCCGACAAGGAGGUGCCGACCUUGGGCUACAUCGUGCUGGAAGUGGACGACUUGCUUGAGUCUGGUGGUCCUGCACAUCGAGCUCGCAUGGACAAGUUGGAGGGCCGUUUGAAAUUUGGGAAGGUUGUGAACCUUAUGGAAAGCGAGGGUGGAUCCGGCUAUGCAGGCCGACGCAUCAAACAACACCCCGACUUUUCCUUCACCUACAGCAUGGAUGACUACGUAACCAACAGGUUGCAACCAGUCAAAGUUCAUCGACGCAUCCUGAAGAAGAACGCGGCCGAGACUCUGCUGAACGAGGACGAGAUCUCUCAGCUACGGGGAACGAUUGCCGCGAUCAACUGGUCAGCAAGAGAGGGCAGGCCAGAUGGAUCAGCCAGUGCAUCGAUACUUUCUGGGUGCUUCCCCGAGCCAAACAUGAAGCACCUGCUGGACUGCAACCAGGUGGUGGAGCUGCUGAAGGGUCAGAAGAUCACCAUCAAGAUCCACCACAUCCCGGAGAAGGACAUCCGCCACGAUCGAAUCACCACACCAGCUCUCAAUCGUGGUGAAGAAGCCCCCGUGAGUUUGAUUUCCUGGAGGAGCAAGAAGAUUCGAAGGAAGGCUGGCAGUACGACCUUGUGCGAAAGCAUCUCUUUGUCGACUGCACUUGCAGCCAUGGAAAAGCAGGUGGCGACCUUCACCAGUUUUAGAUUCUCACGAUUUGAUCCAAGGAGUUUGGCCAGAGACAUCGAAGUGGAGAUGGGGCUACGUGGGCCACCAACGGUCAUUGCCGCAGAGGACCCGAAGUUUGUGGACCCCGAGACCAUCGCGAUCAUCGACGCCAAGAGUGUCUUCGAUUCCACAUCGAGUGCCGAACGCCAAUUUCAGGGCGAGGACGACAGAGCUGCGCUGGAGGCUGCCAUUAUCCAGGAGAGCUUGGCGAACCUCCGUGCCCGUUUGAGGUGGAUUCCCCACAAUGUGAAUCCAUCGGAUGGCUUGACAAAGCUGCCUCAACAGGCACACAUGCAGCCGCUCUACGACCUCCUGAAGCGCCACUCCAUGAAGAUCCAACGUGAAGAAGUUGAACUUGCAGCUGGACGACAGGGAGACAAACGUCUCAAAGUACAACGGCAGGGCUGCAGCGCUUUGCGUGCCAUCGCUUUGUCGCCCAGCAGCGGCUUGAGCGUUUGUCUCGAGGCAGAUGGCGCCAAGAUGUUGGUCGCAGUGAUGAGGCAACACCUCAGGGAUGUGGAUGUCUGCAGAACGGCUGCAACCUCCCUGGCGACCAUGGUCAACAAGAGCCAGGGUAGCCCCGUGGAGAUGUCCCGGCUGCGUAGCUGUGGAGCUCAAGCGCUGCUGCAGGACAUCUUGGUUCAUCACUGCAACGACGUGCAGCGACCUGGUUCCAGCUGUGGUAUCUUCGAUGGUGACACCUUUACCAUUCCCGUGACGGUGCCAAAGAUCUUUGUACCGCCCUGUGGUCAUGCCAUCCACACCACUUGCCUAGGUCGAGAGAUCAUCCCUGGCAACAGCGAAUGCCGUGGUCAUUGUCGCCAGUGUCGCGUAGCAAACGCUUGGACUGGAAUUGAUGUUGAUCCUAUGGUCAAUGCCUUCUGCUUGUUAUUUGGCCCCUACGUCGACAAACGCACACAGGAAAUGUGCGAAGCCAAUGAGCUGUCGAUCACGGCCAUCAAAAGCAUCGCAGAGAUCUGCACCAACUUUUCCCUGGAACUGGCUGGGUUGGUCAGCGCCUCCUCUGCUUGGCUUCUGCUCCUGAAGCGCCACGACUUCGCCGAGCCGCACAUGGUGAACCUUGUUGGCGAGGAAGUGCUCAGGUACCUCACCCUGCCAGAAGGAGAGGAUAUGGAGGUGCCCACUUUGGUGCCUGCUUUGCCGUGCGAAGUGAUGAGCAAUGAAUUUUUGCCCGAAGUGCCAGACAGUGGUGAGGAGCAGCUUCUGAGUCCUGGAGAUUUGCCACCGGAGUCAGAGUCCAGCUUCGGAGAUGAAGAGGAGCCAAACAGUCACGACUGUCACGACCCGAGUGCGGUGAUGCUGAACCAACUGGUGGAAGGCUGUGGUGGAGGAGAUCGCUCCAUGUGCGGUUUGCUUCCGAUGCCGGAGUGAUUCACGGGUUCAAGAGGUUGCCAUAGCAAGAAC